AUGCAAAUCUUUGUGACAACGCCAUCUGAAAACGUGUUUGGACUAGAGGUCGCCGCAGAUAUGGCCUACGAGGACCUGCUGGCUUUUGUAGAGAUGGAGGCGUCCGUGCCGUCCAAGGACAUCAUUCUGAGUCUCAACGGCAACCCCAUUGUCGACACAGACCCCAAGGCGACGAUUGGGUCUCUUGGAGUCACCGACAACUCCAUGCUUCUUCUCACCACCAAACGAGUGGCUCCCAAUCCCUCCACGUCCGCCCAGCCCGCCAUUCCCACACUGGACUUCUCGUCAAUCCAGAUUCCCGGACUGCCCGCGGCUCAGCGGGUUGAUCCCCGCGCCGAGCAGAUCCGAACGCAGAUUCUGGAGCGAGCAGACUCGCUGGAUCAGCUGAAACUCAGCAACCCCGAGCUUGCCGAGCACGUGCACGACUCACAAAAGUUCUCCGACGCCUUCACCAAGCUGCAGAACGAGCUGCGGGCCAAGGAAGUCGAGCGCAAGAAGGAGCUGCAGCGGCUCUACGCCGACCCCGACAAUGAAGACAACCAGAAACGAAUCAUGGAGAUCAUUCGACAGGAAAACGUGGAGGAGUCGUACCAGAACGCCAUGGAACACCACCCGGAGAUGUUUAUUCGAACAGACAUGCUGUACAUCAAUUGCCGUAUCAACGGACACGAUGUCAAGGCGUUUGUGGACACCGGAGCCCAGAUGACGAUUCUGUCGGAGGAGUUUUGCGAAAAGGUCGGCCUGUCGCACAUGCUGGAUGUCAAGUUUGCCGGUGUGGCGCGAGGAGUGGGUUCGGGCAAGAUUCUGGGCCGCGUACACUCUGUGCCUCUUCAGAUCGGUUCCUCGUUCUUCCCCGCCUCCGUUUCGGUCAUUGAAGGCGACCAGCUCCAAUUCAUUCUGGGGCUCGACAUGCUCAAGCGAUUCAAGGCCAACGUCAACUUGCGGACCAACCAGCUGGAGAUUGGGGAGGAAAAGGCCACCUUCUUGGGCGAGAAGGAUCUUCCCGACGAGUUUGGCAAGCUGGGCCAGGAGAAGGAAAAGAAACAGGACCAUGGGUCUGCCGGAGACGCGUUCAAGGAUGAAGAUAUUGUCAAUCUCAUGUCUCUGGGUUAUUCCAGGGAAAAGGUUGUGGUUGCUCUCAAGCAGACUGACGGCGAUGUGGAGUUGGCUGCUUCUUUGUUGUUUUCUCAGUGA